AUGCCAAUUGUCUACCGUUUGAGACAAGGUAAAAAGAUGGCAACUAAUGAUCGGGUUUGGUGCAUAUGCGUGGCAGACUAUAAGCUCUUUGCUUUUUUUACCGACUGUGGGCUAAUGUGGCUUGACACCAAGCACAAUAUAUGGAGAGUGGUCAGUGGUGAUAUGCCUCGCAAGUUGUAUGGCGGUGCAAUGGUGGAAUACUAUGGAAAGCUUGCGGUUUUCUGGAGAGAACGUAUUUCAAAUCAGAAACAAGAGAAGAUUCGGUGUGCAGUGAUCGCGUUGGCUAGGGUUGGAGAAGAAGAAGUUCGCGGGACGAUUGAAUGGUCUGGUGUGGUCGCCACCAUCCCAUAUGUCUGUGGCUUUCUGCAUUGUCUUGUUGCUUCAGACUGA